AUGGAAAGCACUAUGUUGCUUGGGGUCCUCUCCGAGGCUGAGAAGGCAGCAAGAGCAAAGGCGGAGAGGGAGGCCCUGGCCGCCAAAAAGGCAGAGAAGGAGCGGAUCGAAGCAGAAAUCCGUGCAGACCGGGACAUGUACAAUGCGGUGCGCACCAACGCAGCUCAGGAAGCUCCGGCUGCACCCCCUCGCCUACUAAUUCGUGUGCGCUAUGACGUGGAUGGCAAGAAAGGUCGCAGGCCGCUGGAAGUGGACGGCACCACGGAAACCGUGAGCUUGUUCCAUUUUUACCAGGCCGUGGACGAGCACUUCCAUGUGUCACCAGCGCGACAGGUCCUGCGACCUGCAGAUGAGCU